AUGGAUUAUUCAGAAACUGACAUAUCAAGUUUUGUGAGUUGGAUAUUAAGUUGGUUAGCAUUAGGUUGCUAUUUAUUUUGGAUAUGUCUACCUGAUAAUUUAUUUAAAAAAUUAGGUAUAACAUAUUACCCAAAUAAAAUAUGGGGUAUAAUACUCCCAAUAUACUUUAUAUUUCUAAUUAUUUUGUCAAUAUUAGUUUAUAAUGCUUUAUGCUUAUUAAAUACAAGACCAUUAGAUUCCCAUGAUCUAAUAUCAGAUGAUAUAACAAUAAAUUUGCCACCUACUUCAAUAAAUAAAGAUAAAGCAAGAUCUAUAACUCAUGAAUGGAUAACUAACUUAUAUAAUAUAUCGGAUAGGUGUAACAAAAAAGUGUGUACUUAUGAAGAAUAUGAAGGGAUUGAAAGUAAUACAAUUAGUAAAAUCAACAAUUGUGGUAAUUCGAAAGAAUCAAUAAGGGGAUAUUUGCGGAAUAGAAAGAUAUCUUCAAGUGAAUUCUAUUUACAAAGAAGCCAUAAGAAUGGUCAAGUCAAUUUGAGAGGAAUAUCUUCUAUUGCAGAUAUACCAGUUCCACUAGUUUGUGAUAUACUUUAUGGUAAUUGA